AUGUCUACCAAAGAUGAGAAAACUCUCGAGUAUGGCGAGAAACCACCAACAGGAUCCACCGAACCCAGACAGUCUUUGGAAAAUGGAGUUGGCGAGAUCAUACACACAGUCAACGCUUCGGGCCAUCGAGAUCAACUGCAACGGCAUUAUGGUCCUCUACAAAUUUGCGGUCUCGCUUUAAACAUCGACUCUGCUUGGGUAGCCUUUGCUGGCUCAUUGAUCCUUUCGUUACCCAAUGGUGGUCCUGCUGGCGUUCUCUACGAACUUAUCACUGCAUGCAUCUACUAUGGUAUCAUUGCAGCAUCUAUCGCUGAGCUUGCUUCAGCAGUUCCUACCGCUGGAGGUGUAUACCAUUGGGCGUCGGUCACUGCGGGUCCAAGAUGGGGAAGAAGUAUUGGGUUCUUCGCUGGUUUUCUCAACUUUGCUGGUUGGAUAUUCGAUCUCUGUUCGAUCAUUGCAAUCCCAUCCAACGUCGUCCUUCAAAUGUACUCGCUCUUCAACCCCGAUUUCGUCCUUGAGGCCUGGCACACCUACCUGACCUACGUUCUGAUAACAUGGUUCUGUGUUCUUUUCUGCAUAUUCGGCAACCGCUUCCUGCCACUUCUACAAAAUGUCGGCCUAUUCUUGCUUAUCGUCGGUGGAGUUGUCAGCAUCAUCGUACUAGCUGCGACACCGAAAACACAUGCAAGCAGCACUUUUGUCUGGUCAGACUGGCAAAACACUACCGGCUGGGGCGGUGGAGUAGCCUUCUUGACUGGUGUGCUCAAUGGCUCUUUCACCAUUGCUACCGUCGACAGUGUGAGCCAUAUGGCAGAAGAGCUCCCCAACCCACGCCGCGAUAUUCCACGAGCAAUCUUUGCACAGGUCUCUCUUGGAGCCAUAACCGCAUUUUUGUACGCCAUCGCACUUUUCUACGCAGUCAGCGACCUCGAUGAAGUCAUCAACACUACUGGCUCCUUUCCUGUCGCCGUCAUCUACCACCAGGCAACUGGCAAUGCUGGUGGAGCCUUCUGCCUGUUGCUCAUCGUUUUCCUCAUCAUCAUGAUUUGCGCCAUCUCGACUACCCUGUCUCUUGGUCGCACCUGGUGGGCCCUUGCCCGCGAUCAAGCCACACCUUUCGGCAAACUCUUUUCUUCUGUAAACGAGGAUCUCUCCUGCCCUAUUCCAGCAACCAUCCUUGUCGGCAUCCUGGUUACCGGUCUCGGUGCCAUCAUUCUUGCCUCGGGCACUGCUUUCAACGAUCUUGUUGGCUCCUUCAUCGUCUUGUGUGCAUUCAGCUACUUCCUGGCCAUCUUCCCUCACCUUAUCACCGGCCGCAAGUACACACCUAAAGGCUCUUUCUGGAUGGGCAAGUGGGGCUUCGGAGUUAAUGCCCUAGGUUGUGUGUUGAUCGUCUUCUUCAACAUCAUGUUCUGCUUCCCUUAUGCUAUGCCCGUCUCACCAGAUUUGAUGAACUACAAUUCUGUGAUUUUGGUGGGUGUGCUGAUUAUUGUCACCUUCUGGUGGCUUUUCUAUGGACUGAAGCAUUAUCCUACUCCAAAGGUGCUUACUGAGGCAAUGAAAUGA